UGUCAGACUAUAGGACACAGUUACACAUUUAUUUGUCAACUACCAAUAUAAUACAAUUACAAUCUCAUACAUUGGCAUGUUUGGUUUAAUUAUUUGAUUUUAGCCAUUUUCUCUGUAGCUCUAUUUAGUUGGUAUUAAACUACACAUGAUGUUAGUUUACUUUAGUAAAAACUUCCAUUUUUAUUUCCUUAACUAGUUUCUUAAGAAUCAUUUUGUUACGAAUAAUUUUGCUCCGUGCUCAUGCCAUCCUUGUCGCAUUGUGUAAGAGACAUGGGCUCAAGGCAUGUGAGUCGGGUCUCAACAGAUGGACACAGGAGGUCAGUCCGCAGCUCUGUGCCCGCUUCACAAGUAGGGAAGCUUGGCUUUAGCGUGUAGGGGGGAGGAGUCAGAGGACAGAGCAUUCAACCACCCGUGCAGCCCACACAAGCGCUCCAGACGUCCACGCUCGGACACGUCUCGUAUCCAGCCUGUACCUCUGCGGUUUUAGGAUGUAAACUCUCCCCACCUGUUUUUGAAAGCUCUGUGUGGGGUGAUGCUGAAUCUAGAACGUAUGAAGACCCCCCUGAGCCCCACCCAGCUGGUCGCAAACGGACAUCUGUGCUUCCUACCGAACUGCGUGGAGGUUAAAGAACCCAGUAAUGCCAGCAGAGAUAUGCAGUUGCAACAAGAGAGGAAGAAACUGCUCUACUCCCUGUGCGAAGUCUGCAACAUCCAACUCCACUCGGCCGCCCAGGCCCAGGUCCACUAUAACGGCAAGUCUCACCUCAAGAGGGUUAAACAGCUAAAUAAUGGAGAGAUGCCCAAGGCGAGCGUCAGCACGGUUCCCUCUCCUCUACACUCUCUCACCAGCAACGGCAGUCAAGGAAGUUCCUGUCAUAGCAACACGCUCCCUACAUUGGUUCGGACUUCUUCUCUAAUGAUGCAGUCCACUCUGGAUAUGAAGUCUUUCAUGACCUUCCCCAUGGAGAGCUCCUCUCCGGUCGGCCUGUUCCCCAAUUUCAAUACGAUGGACCCUGUCCAGAAAGCGGUAAUCAACCACACAUUUGGAGUCUCCAUCCCUCCCAAGAAAAAGCAAGUUAUUUCGUGCAACAUCUGUCAGCUCCGCUUUAAUUCAGAUAGCCAAGCCGAGGCGCACUACAAAGGCAGUAAACAUGCCAAGAAGCUCAAAGCGCAGGAGACCACGAAAAAUAAGCCGAAAAGUGCUGCCGCCCAGGACUGCGGCGCUAAGACAGUCAGCAUCUCCACCACCACCGAUACCACCUCCUGCAGUUCUGUCACUGCCAGCUGCCCUGACCAACCAGAAAAAAGCUCAGAGCCCCCGGCUAUGCACAAAAGUCCCGUUUCCCCGCAGGUCCUCGUGCCCGCCCCUACCCCGCCUCCGGUGCCGUUAAUGCCCAGCCCUUGCAAGGCGGCACCCGCGCACGCCAGCCCACCCAGUGAGCCUUCAGGGCACGCGGCAGCCCUUACGAACACCCCCAAACCUGCAGCCGUGCCAACGGCUCAAGCGGAGACCAGCGGGGAGUCUGAAGAAGAGAAAGCCAAGAAGCUGCUGUACUGUUCGCUGUGCAAAGUAGCUGUCAACUCUCUCUCACAGCUGGAGGCGCACAACACAGGUUCAAAGCACAAAACUAUGUUGGAGGCGAGAAAUGGAGCAGGUCCCAUUAAAGCGUACCCCAGACCCGGGUCCAAACUCAAAGUUCAAGCCACACAACUCAACAAAGGCUCAGGCUUACAGAACAAAACCUUUCAUUGUGAAAUCUGUGAUGUCCACGUCAACUCAGAGAUUCAACUUAAACAGCAUAUCUCCAGUAGGCGGCACAAGGACAGAGUGGCAGGCAAACCGACGAAACCCAAAUACAGCCCUUACAACAAGCAGCAGCGCAGCACCAACACGCUGGCAGCAAAACUAGCCUUGCAGAACGACUUGGUAAAGCCCCUUACACAAGCUUUCCUGUCCACACCGUUCUCAGCCACCACAGUCCCCUCCAUCUCCCUCCACCCGCGUCCCAGCACCUCCAUUUUUCAGGCGGCCACGUUUCCUCCCUCGUUUCUCCGGGCCGCACCGGGUCCCAUCCGACGCACCGCAGGCUCCAUCCUGUUCGCGCCUUACUGAGCCCUCAGGCACGGACGAGACCGCCGGGGCGGAGGAGCUGUUCGUCUCAAACUAUGCCACGCUACGUGCUGUUCUUCUGGAAACAAUGGUGUAUUUAUUGAAACCUUAACUCUCCUCACCGUGGAAAACCCAGGAAGGAUGUCGUCUCUGUGACGGCUGUUGCAUUUGAAACAUUGAGGGUUGAACUGCGUCCUGAAAGACUUGAAUUAUCGUGGUCUUCCUUUUCAACUGAACCAACAGCUUUGGAUGAGGCGUCGCCCAAAACGACACCAGACCUAACCAUGUAGGACAGUACGUGUUCAGUCACCGGCUUGAUGUUGUCAGGGACUCGUGCUGCAGUUUUGGCCUAUGUGCUGUCUUGUAUUGUGUAGUCGGUAAGCUCAGUCACCGGUGCAUUCGUUUCCUUUUUUUGACGUUAUCAUCCUUUUAUCUGACAGAGGAUUUUUCAUCCCCUCAUGUGUUCAGAUUCUUAUUUUCCUCAUAGAAGUAGAUUCAGUCUGUUUUUUAUCAUAAAAAUCUCUUCUCUUUAAUAGGAAACCCGUGGGCCUUUCAUCUUUCUGUGAUUUCCUUGUUUGCCAUGAGACUGUAAUAAGUUGCAGCUCUCUGAUGAUGCAAUAAUGUAUAGAUCAUUAAAUAUUGAUAUUCGUCAUAGUGUAUUUAUUUACCUACCCGGUUGCAAUACUAGUAGAGUUUUAUGAGCUGGAAGAGGUACUCAGAGAAUUAGGUACGUCAUUUGCUACGUUAUUUUUAGAGACUGAACCAGAAAAAUUUCCAUUCACUGAGAAUUCUUUAUUUGGCUGUGGAAUUUCCUGCUCCAUAGUAUAUACUGUAUGUAUGUAUGUAUGAGAGUCUGUACAUAAAGAUACUACAUUUUCAAUAAAAUAAUAUAUUUAAAUGAUUUCUGACAUGAUGAGGACAUCCU